GUGAGGAAGAAGUGGCUCAUGGAGCCUAUGAUCUUGUCUUUGCCUGGCCCAAAAGAACGAGCCUCUGAGGCGGGCAAAGAGCUGGUGAUUGACGGCAGCGGAGCACUUGCUUUCGACUUAGUGGGGAUCCUCAGCUACGACGUGGCGAACUAUCAUCAUCAAGCCUUGAUUCAGCGCUUACAAGAAGCCCCUCCGCCAGGGUAUUCCAAGGUGUCCACAGCUCAGAUGAUCUGUGCGGACCGAGCUGUAUUUCUCAAAAUCGCUGAGAAUAUCACGUCCCUACGUCGCAGUGGGACAGGUGUGUUGCCUCUGGAUUCGCAGCUGCCAACCAUUUUGUUUGAUCUGAGUGGUACUUAUCACCUUCUUCCUCUGCUGGCAGGUUCGUCUUCUUCGGGGCAGGUCAAGGAUGACGACAAGCCAGACCGGCCUCCGAAGCGCCCUCAU